UCCCAUUGGUCAAAUUCAACUCAUGCGCCAUUUUCCAUUGAAUUUUCCAACAAAUUUAGAACGAAGAUGGCUGACGACGAAAACAACGCGAAACCCACUGAAGCAAAGGAGGAAGGAGAGACUCCAAAGAAAGAGGAGGCUCAAAAUGCUGUUGAACAGUCUCCUCAGAAGGAAGCCAGUGAGCCACCUGAUUCGUCAGAUGAUAAUGCAGAUUCUCCAGAAAAGAAAGAAUCACCUUCCAAGGAACCGCCUGCAAAAUCACCAAAGAAAGAAGUGAAGAAAGAGGAGGAAGAUGAUGAAGAUGAAGAAAGUGAUGAGGAAGAUGAAGAACUGCCUCCUGGAUUGUUGGAGCAACCAUUGCAAGUUCAAGGUAAAAGAGAAACAAAGAAAGUGGAAAGACUGUCUGCAUCGUUAGUUCCUAAUCGUCCGGAGAAAAAGAAAAUUCAAGUAGAGGAGGGUGCUGGUGUGAAGCUAGGAGAUAUUCCUUACAUUGAAAACAGCCUGAAUAAGACGAAAGCAAUCGAUUUGAAACCCCUACAUCGUAUCCUAUUUUUCCGUCCGGGAAGCAACAUGGAAAUAAAGAAGAACCUCAGACAGUUUUCUGGAGUGGCUCAAGGAAAAGACAGCAAGGACCAUGCUAGACGGAUGGCAGCUUUGAACAAAAUGGUGUCGGCACAGCUGAAGGCAAUGUGCUUGGUUUUGGGUCUGGAACGAAAUGGAACGAAACAAGAUAUCUUGGAUAGGUUAGAAGAAUUCAUAUUAAAGCCAUAUGACAGAGGAGUUAAAGUCCCCCAGCCGAAGACGAAAAAACGGUCCAGGUCAAAAACGCCUUCUUCCAAGAAAGCAAAGAAAGUCAAGACAAAGGGUGUGAAGAAGAAGAAAAAGACAAAGGAACAGGUUGAUGAUGAUGAUGAGGAGGAUGAGGAUGAUGAAAAAGACAAUGAUGAAGAGGAGGAAGAAGAAGAUGAGCCAGAAGAGGAGGAGGAAGAAGAGGAAUCAGAAGAGGAAGAAGAGGA